GCCGCCGCAUGUAUCUCUUUGCAUCCACAGGCUGCAGACAACACACGCAAUAGGGGCCGUCGUCGACUGGAUGCUCGUUUUUGUGCGAAUGGUGCCUGCUGAAGCACCGUGCGGCCCGUCCCUGCGCUUCGAGGACGCGUCGCGUCAGCAAAGUACCCACCCGGCAGCCCCAGCCCCAAACAACCAUGCUGUGGUCGUAUAAAGCAUCUGCUGCAACAGCUACUGCCAUCUUGGCGGCUUUCCUGGUGCCGGCAGCCACUGCCAGGAGCAUCGAGUCGCACUUAGACAGCAAUGGCGUACCUCAACUCGUCCUACAAGGUGGAAGAGUGCAGGAUGGCAGUUCGACUGCAGCGGCCACCAAACGGGUCCCUGUUACUCUCGGUGUUAUGUCUCGCUGUCCUGAUGCACUUUACUGUGAGGCCUUCUGGAACAACGUCAUGUCUGCCCCGACAAAAAACAUCCCAGGAGGGUCAACAGUCAACACCCAAAUCGACCUCAGCCUCUCAUUCAUCGGCGAGCCCAUAGGCAACAACAUCCAAGACGCACCGUAUGGCGUGGUUUGCAAACACGGUGAUCAAGAAUGCUUGGGUAAUAUCCAAGAACUCUGCGUCAUGAAACGACUCAAAUCCUCCAAGGUCGGCCAAAGGUACGAUCUCUCACCGUCGGAUGCGCAAGCCAAGUGGUGGGACUUCGUUCAGUGUCUAAAUUUUGAAGGACUUGGCGAGAUCGGGAAGAACAACGCCCUUGCAAAGCGAUGCUUGGACAUCGUUGGGGGCCCUCACUGGGAAAACGAUGGUGUCGAGGCCUGCAUAGACGGCAAGGAAGGUCGCGAUCUACUUUUGGAGAGCGUCAAGGCCAGCAAAAAAGCCGGCAUCAAGAACUCGUGCACCAUCCUGAUCGAUAGCAAACCAAUCUGCACCCGGGAUGAUAAUCAGUGGAAGAAUUGCUCUUCGGGGCAUGACGUGUCCGACUUUGUGCACGCCAUAGAAGUUGUGCACAAGAGGCUCAAUCCGCGCUCUGGAGCCACCGGCAUGGUCACCUCCGACGCAUAUCAGCAGCCGUUUUUUGCUGACAACCCUAGUCCUUUCCUCACGGAAAGGGCAGGACCCUCGCUCAUCAAGCGACAACAGCAAUCAGCCUCGGGUGGUGGGUCUGGCAUACUUGGUGAUGGAGGCAGCAGCCCGCCUGCGAGUCCAGCCAGCGUCUUUACCUUUGUGAUUGCAAUCGCGCUCUUCAUCGUCGUUGUUGCCUUUGUUCUUUUGCGCAUCUUCCUCAGGAACCGGCGCCUGAGACGCAUGGGCCUCUUUGUCGACGACGACUUUGUGCGCGGCGGCUUUCUAGGCACAAGCACACGCAUCACCGAAGACCCGCUCGUCCCGCCCAAGCUCUGGGAGGCCAAGAUUGCCGAGGUUCGCAAGACCGAUUCAGCGUGGAGGGGAGAGGCGAAUAAGAACGAUGCCGUCUAUACUUGGGAUGCACUCAUGCCGGUGGCCGCAGCUCUGCCCCCCAAUCUGUACCCAAUGUUGUUUGACCAUGAAAAGGCGACAAUUGCUCCCGCAGCAACAACAAAGGCGGAAACAAUCCCUGCUUCAAGUGAUGCCACCACCGCACGUCAUCGAUUUCUAGCCGCCCCAAGGAUCCCCCGCAUGCUGCGUCGUGGCAACAAUGAAGAUGCUUCCACGCAGUCCAACGUACACGCGACCUCUCCUGUGGUUACAGGAACCACUGCAGACCCUGAUCCGACUGCCGUCGCACUUGAAGCUGCUGCGUCCGAGCCGACUGCGGCAUCAGUGAACGUUACAGUCUUAAUUGCCAUGCCGUCGACAAAGACGGUCUUUCCAUCGACAAAGCGUCUCAAUCCGUCCGUCUCAGCAUCGACGCUUCGGAGCAACCUGCGCAUAUCCCCCACAGCUGAGAUUCCGCAAGUCGAUGAAGUUGAUGACGAUGCCGAGGACAGCAUCGACAAAGGCAAAAUGCGACGAGCGCCCUCUCUCCGCAGUGUACGAACAGGAGCCUCUGUGAAAUCUGUUGCAGAGGCGCGCAGAGAAGCCUUCUUUGGCGAACAGGCGGCAAAAGACGCCGAGGCCGUGACAGCGGGUGCGCAUCCUACGAACGGGCUGGAUGCCUCCAUCGAGGAGGAUGAGCUUCCAGAGCUUGUGUUUGGCACCGCCAGUGUCCCGAUAUUCAAACGUAUACCGACCCAGACGUCAUUCUUUGGAGGCACAACAGAGACAGUUCUCCCGGUUCACCCAACGCGAGGCGAUCUGCUCAAGCUUCUGGAAGAUGCGAAAUCGGCGCGCGAACGAAAGGCGCAAGCCGAUGCUUCUCGCAAAGCCGCGGAAUCGAAGAAGGCUGCCGGUCAAGAUUCGGGUAACAUGGUACACAAUGCAGCGACUGUCCAGUCGAUACCCCAUUCUCCAGAUGCUGAUGCGCAAAGCGAACGGCCUGUCUCGGUUGCGUCCAGUGCGCAUGCCGCUUUGGGUCUAGGCGAUGUUGUCACCCGCAUGAUGCAAGCAAAUGGCAAUGCGAGCAAUGCCGAUGUUGGCCACUCCAGCACCCAUCUCGCCCAGUCUUCUUUGGGGCCCUCCUUCAAUAUCAGCCGUGAUCCAGCUGCCCCGACUGACAAUCACCUCCUGCACCAGCCAUCUUUUGAUACGCUUGACUCUCGAUAUCACGACACGCAGCAGGGUGAUUGCAACGCCACAACGCAGCCCAUCGAAGUCCCACACACUUCAGUCCCUGCGCCAUAAGGUAGCCGAACAACUUCCUAUCGAGCCAGCCACUUCAGAUUAGGUCGUGCGAAACGCUCCAACGAAGCCCUUCACGGCAUUUAUCUCAUGUAUUCCUAUCUGCUUGUUCUGCAAUUAUCGUUGACUGUAAUCAAUUAUGUCUUCGCUUU